ACCAACGAAAUAAUGAAUGAUACGUUAUGUUGGUUGCAUACAAGCACCAGUUUCCUGCUGAAUUACUAUUUAACCUUGCAGGACGUCUCCCAAAACGCAGCAGUAUUGCGCCCACGCGCGAGAUAGCCGUGACGGUUUCACGAAACAGUUUAAUGAAUAUAAUCACUACUGGACACAGAAUAUUUUUACUUGAUUUCAUGCAAUGAUAGAUUUGUCCCAGUGUGGUGAUUUCAAAAGUAACAUCUACUUAUAAAUAGUUCGCUUGGUAAAUAAAAAUCGGUGUGUGGAAUGGUUGAGUUUAGUAGUAGGUCAGCCAGUGUUUGUGAUAAAACUCUUCUUGUAUCUAUUGUAUUCUAAUACAAAUAUAAAUAUUUUAUUGUUCGUCAAAUUUCUUCUUGGAUAAGUUUUCAUGUGCGCUUCUUUUACCAACAACAAUGGUCUUAAAAACAGCAGAAGCACUUCAAAUCUCGAACAGCAAUAGUCAGUUCACCAAUAACCUAUACAAUAUUUUGGCUGGAACAUCACCAGGAAAUAUAGUCUUCUCUCCCGUCAGCCUUCAUGCUGUUCUUUCUAUGGUUUACCAGGGUGCCCAGGGUACAACAGCUGAAAAAUUUGCUUCCUCCUUAAAAGUACCCGACGCUAAAGUUGCUAGCGAUGGUUACAGUGUUAUAAUGAAGCGUCUCACUUCUAUUCCCAACGUUACGCUUUUGAUGGCUAUUAAAAUUUACCUUAUGGAGGGACAUCCACUUUUACCAGACUUCAGCGAAGCUGUCACUAAUAAUUUUCUGUGUGAUGUUCAGUUACUUAAUUUUUGUGACCAGGCGGCAGCUGCUGCGACUAUUAACACUUGGGUUGAAGAGAAAACACAAGAAAAAACCAUGAAUUUAGUCAACAAAGAAGAUUUUGAUGAAUCCACGCAAUUAGUUCUUGUAAACGCUAUUUAUUUCAAAUCCAGGUGGAGGCACGCAUUUGACAAGGGAGCCACCAAAACUGAACCCUUCUAUCUAAAUGAUACAGACUCAGUACCUGUGCAAAUGAUGUAUAUGAAGAGGAGGUGUUAUCACAACUCAAUAAUGGAGUUGGAAGCUCAAAUGUUAGAAUUGCUUUACGCCAAUGGAAACCUAAGUAUGGUCAUUAUUUUGCCUUUCGAGAGAAAUGGAAUUGCCGAGUUGGAAAAGAAACUGACUACUGUAAACUUGGCCAAAAUUACAAAUGAGGUAUACAACCCACCAAUUACCGUUGCCUUGCCUAAAUUCAAAAUUGAACAAACCAUUGAUUUGAAAGAUUCUUUAACCAAGCUUGGACUUGGCGAAAUAUUUGAUCGAUCAGCAGCUAAUUUCAGCGGCAUGGUUACGUCAAAAGAACCUUUACAUGUAAGCAAAGUUAUACAGAGAGCGUUUAUUGAAGUAAGUGAAGAAGGAUCUGAUCCGCCGCCAGUCCCUGCUGCAGCAGCAGGGAGGAGAAGGAGGGGUAGGUUGUGUCAUGUGGAAGGUCCCGAUAUGUUCUUUACUGCCGAUCAUCCAUUUAUUUUUAUGUUGUUGGAAAAAUCAACUGGAACACAUAUUUUAUUUACUGGAAAAAUAAUGAACCCACAAUUUUAAGAAUGAAACUGUGUUUUCUUUGGAACGAAGAAACAAGUGAAGACGUAAAAUAAAUGUUUAUGUUGU